AAGUAAGUUUCCUUCUCUCUGUCAUCUCUCUCUCUCUCUGAUCCUCCAAGAACUUGCUCAUUACCCACAAGGUCAUAGAGAGGGAGAGAGAGAUGGGAAGAGCACCUUGCUGUGACAAGGCGAAUGUGAAGAAAGGGCCAUGGUCACCUGAAGAGGACUCCAAGCUCAAAGAGUUUAUUGAGAAAUAUGGCACUGGCGGCAAUUGGAUUGCCCUCCCGCAGAAAGCUGGUCUCAAGAGAUGUGGGAAGAGCUGCAGGCUUAGAUGGCUAAACUAUCUGAGGCCAAACAUUAAGCAUGGUGAGUUCUCAGAUGAGGAGGACCGGAUCAUCUUCAGCCUCUUCGCCACCAUUGGAAGCAGAUGGUCAAUAAUAGCUGCUCAGCUACCAGGCAGGACGGACAAUGACAUCAAGAACUACUGGAACACCAAGCUCAAGAAGAAGCUCAUGGGCAUGAUCCCACCAUCCCAGAGAAAGCUCAUGAUCCCUCCAUUUUCAUCAUCAACUCCUCACAGUUACCUAGUUAGUCCAUCAUCCCAAUUAUCAUCACUACCCUCCUCGCUGUACAGAGAGUGCACCACCACAUCUUUCUAUAACCCCCCAAGCAGCAGCAACAGCAGCAGCAGGUCAUCAAUCACAGGCCUUGAGUUCUCACCAUCGUUCCCCUCUAGCGCUACCCUAUUGACUGAUUCCUCAUCACUGUUUCAAGCCCAAGAGGGUGGUUUCUUGUGCCCCAUCCAGUAUGAUUCCUCAGUUAAAGACAUCGUCGUCAACAACAACAACAACAACAUGCUCGUGUUUGGAAGUAGCGAGAGAAGUGAUUGCAGCUAUGGGAGAGAGAUGGGGGUCAAGCAAGAAGAGAUGGACUUUCAAAGUUACAUACCUAAUGGGUUCGAGGGAAACCACCAUGUACAGAGGGUUGGAUCUAGUUACAGCAACAGUGGGAGCUGUGACAAUGCCAACAAUUUAAGUGGGUGUUUUGGGGAGACCGAUAGCAGCGUGCUGGGCUAUGAUCUUGAGGAUGUCAAGAGACUAAUCAGCAACAGCAGCAGCAGCAGCAGCUUAUUAUUCACUGAUGAGAGCAACAAAACAGAAGAUCAGAGAGCCUUGUACUAUUUCUGAUGCAUGCAAAUCAAAUAUAUCUCUGAUUCUGUCUGAAGUCUGACCCGUGAAUAUGUGUCAAGUCAGCGAGAUUUGAUGGGGUAAGGGUUUAGGGGAAAGGAGGGGAUUCAGUUCAGAAGAUUGAGACUUUCAGUUUCUGGGAGUCUGUGUGUUCUUUCUUUUUGUGAUGAAAUAUGUGACAUCUCUUAUCUUUGACAGUACAAAGAGACAAUUUCUUUUUCCUU